AUGACAUCUCCCACCUCUCCUUGUUACAUGGGGAAUGUGCCUCUCACGAAGAUUCGAGUGAAGAGCCCCGAGCUUUUUACCUGUCUCGCCAUGAACGAGACAGCCGAAGCUAUCUCAUUGCUGGAAUCGCUUCCAGAGAGUCCCUUAGUUGAGGUGACCGACUUCCAUGAACUUCUUUGUGCCUGCCGUCGCAAAAUCAACUCGGAUGGAAGAGCUAAGACAUCAACUCCUACUGCCUACUCAUCUUUCUUCUAUCCCUUGUUCUGGCUGCGCAAGAUCACUAGAUCAAAUUCGAGCUCAACGCCUGCUCGGUUUGGCAUAUCAGUAUUGGAUCAUUUGGGGAACUACGCAGCUCCCUAUGUUAGGGAUGCUCUCCUCCGAAUGCUUGAGAAUAACACUCAACAUGGAACAAUCGAAAUUUAUCUGAACGAUCCAAACAGCUCGCGGAAGGCGAAGACAGUUACAUUUGGAGACAGGGAUAAUCAGCAGUCCGACCAGUUGAAGGCGAUGGUGGUUGUCAAUGAUAACCCUAGUCUUUGGCUGAAGUUGUGUCAAAACCUUGACAUCGGAGUAGCAGAGGCAUACAUGCUUCAAAGCAUCGAAUGUUCUGACCUAGUUUCUCUCUUCAGGAUCUACAUUCGUAAUUGGGCCUCACUGGGAACCGUUAACUCUAUGGUCCAGCAGCCGCUGCGCCUCUGGAACCAAGUGACAAAAAGGAUCAAUGAUACAGAGAAUGCUCUACAAAACGCCAGCUUCCACUAUGACACAUCGAAUGAGCUUUUCAAGGCUUUUCUCUCUAAAGAUAUGUGUUACUCGUGUCCUAUUUGGAAAUCACUCGAUGAGCCACUGGAAGCAGCCCAGCGACGGAAAGCCCACAAUAUUAUUGAAAAGGCCGAUAUCCGCUCCACGGACCAUGUCCUUGAUAUUGGAGGAGGAUGGGGCUUCAUAGCCAUGGAGGCUGUGCGUCUGACAGGUUGCCGAGUGACAGUAGUGACCCUUUCGAUCGAGCAAAAAUCUCUAGGAGAGGAGCUCAUCAAGGCGCAAUCAUGCGAAAAUGAGAUUCAUUAUCGCUUAUGCGACUACAGAAAAAUCCAACGACCGGAGGACGGGUUUGAUAGGAUUAUUUCCGUUGAAAUGAUUGAAGCUGUCGGCAAGGAGUACAUUGAUGAGUUCUUUCGCACUUUGCACAAUCUGCUUAAUCCGACUGACGGGAGGAUCGUCAUACAAUCCAUCACAUUCAUGGAGAAGCUCCACUCUCAGCCGAAAACUCUCGAUAACUUCCUCGACAAGUACAUUUUCCCAGGAGGAUAUCUACCAUGCAACACAGAGCUAGUCAACUCGCUGAGCCGUAGCUCUGAACAGACCUUAGAGCUCGAUAGUCUGGAAGAGAUCGGGGAGAACUACGUCAAAGCGCUCCGGCUAUGGAAGGGAAGUUUUGUCUCCAAUUGGCCAUCAAUCAAGGCAUCUUUUCUCCAUGAACACGGCCUAAGGCCAGAGGCUGAAAUGGAGGCCUUCCGGCGGAGGUGGAUUUACUAUUUUAGUUACUGCCAAGCUGGCUUCCAUGAGGGUAUUCUUGGAGAUGUCAUUCUCGCAGCCAGUAGAAGACCUCGGGUUAUGUCAAACUCACCCAUACUCAAAAGUGUUGCCAUUGUCGGAAGUGGCGCUGCUGGUGUAGCUGCGCUUUGGGCGUUGCACAAUCAUUCGCCGCACAUGGUCGACAUAUAUGAGGCAGACAACCGAUUAGGGGGACACAGCAACACAGUAGCAUUCAGAAAAGGCAAAGACACAAUAUAUGUUGAUACUGGAUUCAUAGUUCUGAAUACAGCCACCUACCCUAAUUUUAUAUCCUUCCUCAAGGCAAUAAACAUUCCCACAGAGAAGUCAGAAAUGACUUUCAGUGUUUCGCGAGACUGGGGCCGCUUUGAAUGGGCUGGAAAUUCCCUGGCAUCCGUCUUCGCGCAAAGAAGCAACUUAUUCUCCUGGCAAAUGUGGCGAAUGCUCUUCGACAUACUCCGAUUCAACUUGUUUGCACUAGACCUUUUACGAGAUGAGCAGACAUCUCCUAUUGAUAACCUUAGUGUUGGUCAGUACCUGGAUGAUGAAGGUUACUCUCCACAUUUCAGGGACAAUUAUCUCAUUCCCAUGACCGCUGCCAUUUGGAGUACGAGUCCAGACAAAUGUUUUUCGGAUUUCCCUGUGAUUACACUAGUCCUGUUUAUGUGGAAUCAUCACUUGAUCGAUACGUUCUCUGUCCGUCCGCCAUGGCUUACGCUUAAAAACAAAGCUCGGUCCUAUAUAGAUGCGGUUCUUGCCGAUAUUCCUUCCGACCGGGUGCAUCUCAACACGCCGAUCCGAUCAGUCACCAAUGAUUUAUCCGGUCAAGUGUUGCUCACCACUGAACAAGGAGUUAAGAAAAAAUAUGAUCAUGCUAUUGUAGCAACACACGCACCAGAAGCGCUGUCCCUUAUAUCUCACUCUGCGACUAACAAGGAACGAGAAAUUCUGUCCGAGUUUGAAACGUCUCAGAACACAGCCGUCUUGCACUCAGACACCGCUUUUAUGCCGCAGAAUCGCAAGACCUGGUCGGCGUGGAACUACCAAACGACCAAGGAUUCCACGCAGCCAUCUCUUACCUACAACUCGAACAUUCUGCAAGGCAUCCCAACUUCUAAGUAUGGAGAUGUACUCGUAACCUUGAACCCUCUCCGGUCUCCAGCUCCAGCAACCGUCCAGGGAACAUACUCCUAUGCACAUCCUCUUCUAACGGCUGGCGCUAUGAAGGCCCAGUCCCUACUAUCUGGGAUACAAGGAACACGCGGAAUUAGUUACGCAGGGGGUUGGACAAAAUUCGGGUUUCACGAAGAUGCUUUCACUAGCGGCUCCAAGGUGGCUGUUGAGCAGCUGGGUGCUAAGCUGCCGUUUAAGCUUGUUGAUAGUGAACUCAGCAGAGGCAAGGUACCAGAGUUAACACGGUCGAUGGUUUUGUUACGGCUCUGUUUUCAAGUGUUACAUUUUGCCUUGACCUGGGUGGUCUGGAUCCUGGAAAUCUUGGCCUCGAGGGAUAUUCAAAUUGGGAAACGAGUGAAGACACAUUGA